UCCAUCCCCCAUUUAAAGCUCUAUCUUCAAUUAAAACUCAAAAAGCUUCAACCCCAUGUCUCUCUUCACCCUUCUUCUCCUUGCUUUCUCCUUCCUUCCCUCUCUCGACGCCUUGAGCUACCGCUUCUAUGACCACACAUGCCCCGAUCUCGAGUCAAUCGUCGCUAGAGAAGUCCACUUGGCCACCGUGAACGACAAGACCGUCCCAGCUGCACUGCUUCGAAUGCACUUCCAUGACUGUUUCAUUAGAGGUUGCGAUGGCUCUGUGCUUCUCGACUCGAAGGGGAAGAACACUGCAGAAAAAGAUGGUCCUCCCAAUAUAUCGCUGCAUGCUUUUUAUGUCAUUGACAAUGCCAAGAAAGCCAUCGAGUCGGUCUGCCCAAGCGUCGUUUCGUGCGCUGACAUCUUAGCCCUUGCUGCUCGUGACGCGGUUGUUUUGUCUGGAGGUCCUCAUUGGGAAGUCCCAAAAGGAAGAAAAGAUGGAAGAAUUUCAAAAGCAAUUGAAACCAGACAAUUGCCUGCUCCCACCUUCAACUUCUCUCAACUCCAACAAAGCUUCUCACAGAGAGGUCUUUCCAUAGAAGAUCUCGUUGCUCUCUCAGGCGGCCACACUCUUGGAUUCGCCCACUGCUCGUCGUUCCAAAACAGAAUCCACAACUUCAACUCCAGCCUCGACGUUGACCCGUCGCUGCAGCCAGCAUUCGCUGCCAGCCUCCGGAGCGCAUGUCCAGCGCACAACAAGGCGAAAAAUGCCGGCUCCGCCUUGGAUUCAACUUCGACGAGGUUCGACAAUGCAUAUUUCAAGCUAAUUCUUCAAGGGCGGAGCGUUUUCUCUUCUGAUCAAUCGCUGCUUUCGACCCCGAAAACAAAGGCUUUGGUGUCGAAGUUCGCCGACGAACAGCAGCGGUUCGAGAAGGCGUUUGUGAAGUCGAUGGUGAAGAUGAGCCGCAUCGCCGGCGCCGGAGAAGAGGUCCGGCUUAACUGCAGGGUGAUCAGAUGAAAAUUAAUGUAUGGAUCAUUUUGAUGAUCUCUCUGUUUCUUUAUUAUUUGGGUGGGAGUUAUUUCAGCUGAAGAGAGUGAUAAAGGAGAUGCUUGGCUUUGAAUUAUAUGAUACUAUAUAUUUAGUAUAUGAACAAGGUUUGUUGUUCAAAUUGAUUGGGUAACGGGUACAGUUUGUUUCUUUCGAGAAAUUGUUUAAUGGGGUUGGAUUUUUCUUCCUCUUAUUAUUUUCUUUUUCGAAAGUAAUGUAUGAAAGUGAAGGUUCAAAGCAAUACACAUGUAUUUUUAUGGGAGAA